AUGCGGGAAAUAAUCACGGCAAACGGAUCACCCACGGAAAAGAUUGCCAAGUGGUUGGUAACCGAGUUCCAAAGAAUGCCUAUAAAAUUCCCGAGCCGCUCUGGCAGUAGUACACGAGAAUUCGCCCAGUACCUAAAAACAUCGGGAGAACUAGCAGAAGACGACAUAAUGGUCUCUUUCGAUGUUACGGCCUUAUUCCCAAGCGUCCCCGUGAAAGAAUCGAUAAGCCUCUUGGAAGACUGGCUAUUGAAACAGCAUGAGGAUAACGCAUGGAGAAAAAAGGUGGGAGGAUAUUUGAAGCUGACCCGUUUGUGUAUGGAGGAGAAUUACUUUACAUUCAGGGACAGUUAUUACAAACAGCUAAAAGGUGCACCAAUGGGCAAUCCUUUAUCACCGUUUCUGUGCGACGACAUUUUUAGCAUCAUCAAAAAAGGAGAGCUGGAAACCAUUCUAGCAGCCAUGAACGGUACACACAGGAACAUACACUUCACAUAUGAACUAGAGAAAGACGGAAAACUUCCCUUUUUGGACAUCAUAAUAAUAAGACAAAUUGAAAGCACAGAAACAGAAAUUGAAAUCUAUAGAAAACCAACGAACACCAAACGAGUUAUACCUAGCUCAUCUAACCACUCGCACCAACACAAAAUGGCAGCUUUCCAUCACAUGACACAUAGGAUGGAAACAUUACCGUUAAGUGAGCUAGGGAAACAAAAAGAACUAGCACACAUUCUUGAAAUAGCGAAACUGAACGGAUACAAAGAAACAACAAUCCAGAACAUGAUUUCCAAAAAAAGAAGAGACGAAUACAAAAAAUCACUAACAACACUUACACCAAUCACACCAGAACUCAAGAGAGUGGCAGUAGAAUACGACGGAAACAUUACACGCCCUCUCCGUCAGAAAAUGAGAAAGUUUGGAAUUGAUCUAGUCUACACGAGCCGAAACAACCAGCUCAAAAAUAAGUUGGGAUCAACUAAGGACCCGAUUGAAGAACAAAGAAAAUCCGGGGUGUAUGAAAUCAGUUGCCCACAAUGCGAGAAGGUGUACAUCGGUCAGACUAGAAGGAAUCUGGAAACACGAACAAAAGAACACUUGGCAGAGGUAACAAAAGCAUCAAGAGAUGCCGAGAAAGGUCUGACACAUCAUUUUAGAUCUAAAGUGGCUGAGCACGUCAACGACAACCAUCCGCUGACCAUUGACAACGCAAAAACACGUGGGAGCAUUCGACACGUGUACGUACCUAAACCAAAACCAGGAGACCGUGCCUCUUCUCUGACCAGUCAAACGUCAGCCCCGCACCGUUGGGUGAAAGGCGAAGGAAGCCAGCUGAGGGGGUGGCCCAAGCCCAGAUGUUCCCGGUCGCUGGCUGGCUGGGUAGGUACGCCACAUUUCGAAUCCUUUCUCGUUUUAGACAGGCAAGAUUACAUAAUCAUGGCGGAAGGCAAAGAUGACGACGGCGGCGAUGGUGUUAGUCCGUUCGCUCCAUUUCUCGGUGGCAGGUUGCUGCUGCUGCUGUUGCCGCCGCCGCCAGGAGAACCGGUAUUCACUAAUUAA